GGGAGGUGGCUGAGGCGACUGCUGCUGCUGCCUCUGCUGCUGCUGUGAGUGGGUGGGUGGUUUCCAUCCUCAGCAUCACCAAGCAGGAAAAAAAAAUCCCAGCAGCUGCUGAUGUUGGGCACUGAAACAGCCUCUGUAGCAGGGAACAUGGAUGAAGCCUGCACACCUCUCGCUUUUCAGCAUCUUCUGGUUUUGACAUGGGCUUCCAACACAGCUGAGAAGGGGACCUUAAGGAAUGUCACACAGUAGGUGCUGAGACAACUUGCACUGAAACGAAUAAAAAAAAAAUGGCAGUCCCGAUUUGAAACGAAUUAAACACGCAGACUCUCACUAAUCCUAAACCAUGUCAAAAAAAGGUCGUAGCAAAGGCGAAAAGCCUGAGGCACUGCUUGUCGCCCUGCAGGCUGCCAAUGAAGAACUCAGGACCAAGUUAACAGACAUUCAAAUUGAGCUACAUCAAGAGAAGUCUAAGGUUGCUAAACUUGAGAGGGAGAAGACUCAAGAAACCAAACGGAUCCGAGAACUGGAGCAACGCAAGCAGACUGUGCAAAUCACUGAACUCAAGGCGAAACUCCACGAGGAGAAGAUGAAGGAGCUGCAGGCAGUGCGGGAGAACCUAAUCAAACAACACGAGCAGGAGAUGACCCGGAUGGUCAAAGUCAGAGACAGUGAAAUCCAGCGCCUCAAGUCAGCACUGUGCGCUUUGCGGGACGGGAGUAGUGACAAAGUAAGGACAGCGCUGACCAUUGAGGCUCGUGAAGAGGCCAGGAAACAGUUUGACUCUGAGCGCCUUAAGCUUUUGCAGGAAAUUACUGAACUAAAAUCUGCCAAAAAGCAGGUGGAUGAGGCUCUUAAUAACAUGAUCCAGGCAGACAAGAUCAAAGCGGGUGAUCUUCGGAGUGAGCAUCAAUCCCACCAGGAAGCCAUCUCUAAGAUCAAAUGGGAGAGUGAGCGGGAUAUCCGCAGACUGAUGGAUGAGAUCAAAGCUAAAGACAGAAUAAUCUUUUCCUUGGAGAAAGAACUGGAGACUCAGACGGGCUAUGUACAGAAGCUUCAGCUGCAGAAAGAAGCUUUGGAUGAACAGCUCUUCUUAGUGAAGGAGGCAGAAUGUAACAUGAGCAGUCCCAAGAGAGAGAUCCCAGGAAGAGCAGGGGAUGGCUCAGAGCACUGCAGCAGUCCUGAUUUACGGAGAAACCAGAAGAGGAUGGCAGAGCUGAAUGCCACAAUCCGGAAACUGGAAGACAGGAACACGCUACUUGUAGACGAACGAAAUGAACUGCUGAAACGUGUCCGAGAAGCUGAAAAACAAUGCAAACCUCUCCUGGAAAGGAACAAGUGCCUCACCAAGAGAAAUGAUGAAUUGAUGUUGUCCUUACAGCGCAUGGAGGAAAAACUUAAAGCUGUCACUAAAGAAAAUGUAGAAAUGAGAGAAAAAAUGACAUCACACCCUCCUCUAAAGAAAUUAAAAUCUCUCAAUGACCUGGAUCAAGCAAAUGAAGAGCAAGAAACUGAGUUUUUAAAGCUGCAGGUUAUAGAACAACAGAACAUAAUUGAUGAGUUAACAAGGGACAGGGAAAAGCUUAUUCGUCGAAGGAAACAUAAAAGAAGUUCAAAGCCCAUUAAGAGACAUGUAGUGGAUACAGUUUUCGGGUAUGAUGAUGAUUCUAUGGACUCAGAAACCUCAUCCAUGGCCUCAUUUAGAACAGACAGAACACCAGCAACGCCAGAUGAUGACCUGGAUGAAAGUUUAGCAGUGGAAGAAUCAGAGUUGCGAUUUCGACAGCUAACAAAGGAAUACCAGGCUCUGCAAAGGGCAUAUGCAUUGCUCCAGGAGCAGACAGGGGGCAUCAUAGAUGCUGAAAGGGAAGCCAAGGCACAGGAGCAGCUCCAGGCAGAAGUCCAGAGGUAUAAAGCUAAAAUUGAAGAUCUGGAAAAAACAUUGGCACAGAAAGGACAGGACUCUCACUGGGUAGAAGAUAAACAACUUUUCAUUAAGAGGAACCAAGAACUUUUAGAAAAGAUAGAAAAGCUGGAAGCAGAAAACAGCCGCUUACAACAGGAGCUUCAGGAUGCACGAGACCAGAAUGAGCUGCUGGAGUUCCGGAACCUCGAGCUUGAAGAGAGAGAAAGACGGUCCCCACCAUUUAAUCUCCAAAUCCACCCAUUCUCAGAUGGUGUAAGCGCUCUCCAGAUCUACUGUAUGAAAGAAGGUGUGAAGGACGUCAGCAUUCCAGACCUCAUAAAGCAAUUAGACAUCUUGGGGGACAAUGGGAAUUUAAGAAAUGAAGAGCAAGUGGCCAUAAUUCAAGCGAGUACUGUACUAUCUCUGGCAGAAAAGUGGAUCCAGCAAAUUGAAGGAGCUGAAGCUGCUCUGCACCAGAAGAUGAUCGAACUGGAAAGUGACAUGGAGCAGUUUUGCAAAAUAAAAGGUUAUUUGGAGGAAGAAUUAGACUACAGGAAGCAAGCUCUUGACCAAGCAUAUAUGAGAAUCCAGGAGCUUGAAGCCACCUUAUACAAUGCUUUACAGCAAGAAACGGUGAUAAAGUUUGGGGAACUACUAACAGAAAAACAACAGGAAGAGCUGAGGACAGCUGUGGAGAAGUUAAGACGGCAGAUGCUGAGAAAAAGCAGAGAAUAUGACUGUCAGAUUCUUCAGGAGAGGAUGGAGCUUCUGCAACAAGCCCAUCAGAGGAUCCGAGAUUUAGAAGAUAAAACUGACAUCCAAAAGAGACAGAUCAAGGACCUGGAGGAAAAGUUUCUGUUUCUAUUCUUGUUCUUCUCUCUUGCCUUUAUUCUUUGGCCUUGAUGUCAAUGUGCCUCUUGGAAAGAUGCACUUACCCUAUUUCUACUUGCAAGAAUCUGUGUCAAAUGGAGAGAUGGAAACAAAGCAGGUAUAUGCACAGAAUCAGGAGUUACCCCCCGUGCCUAUCAAACCUUUUAUUUUUUUCUGGUGCAAUUUGCUUCCACAAAACUUGCAUAUGCAUUUCUGGGCAAAAUUCAGUUCCAUUAUGGAAUGUGAAUAUUCCCACCUCCAGACAGGAUGGUGGGAGCAGGAAGGGGUAACAUUGGAGACCUUAUAUCUAUCCAAAAGCAGGUUUAGCCCUAACACUAAAAUUGUACCUUAUGAACUGUCAGGGGCUUAUUUUGAUUAUGUUUAAAAAUGCAUAUCUGAAAGCAUAUUGCUACCAUCUGUUUUCUUGCUUUUUCUAAUGUGUUCCGCAUUUAGAGUCUGCCUUGACAUUGCAGAACCUUGUUGUAUAGCGUGCAUAGCACAUCAACACUACAGCUGAUCAGGAAAGGGCUUUUCUUCUUGGCCCUUUUUUGGUGGACAUGUUUUCAUUAUCAUCAACAUUUGUCUUUAUGGUUGUCAAUUAAAAAGAAAAUUCCAAAAUACAAACAAAAAUCAGCCAUUUAUUUUUUUUAGUCAAAGCUCCAAGAUGUGAAAAACGCAUCCAGAAAUUUUUCAUUUUAACAGAUAAGCCAUUUUCAUCAAAAAACAAUGUUUCAAAUGAAAAAUGUCAACCCUCCUCUAAUCAGCACUUAGCAUUGAAAAAUUCCAACUCCCGGUGUGAGGAGAUUAAUGAAUAUUUCAUGAGACUGUCCAUAUGUUGUUUGUGCACCACAAGGAAGCAAGGAAGGGAGGGGAACAUUCGUGGGUAUAGAAAUACGAUAGCAGACUGAACAGAAUUAAUGUUUCAGAGAAUGGUUUUCAGAAGCUGUGGAUGUAAGCUCACAUUCUUAGGAAUACACGUUCCCUAAAACAGAAAAGUGCCUACAGUUUUUAAAUGAGCCUCCCACUAUCUCUUUGUUGUCUCAGGGUGGAAGUACCAGUAAUCUAAAACACCCUCUAAAAUUCAAUGGCUGCUUGCCAAAAGAAACUCUUCAAAGGGUAUUUGUAUGCAUAGAUUACACAGUGACUUUCAAAUUAGUCUCCUAAUUAUUUCCACAACAUAUUCAAAGUCAUUCUGAAUUCCUGUUCACAGUUGCAUCACCUCCUCCCUCUGCUCAGACGAGGAGGCGAAAACACAGAUAUAUGGGAAGUAAAUCUUAGAAGCAAAGAUAAAUGCUUUGUAAUCACUCUGUACAGGAGUCGUGUUUAUGCCAUAGUGACCUAUGUGUACGGCUUGUCUAUCAUGAUAGGCAGUGAUUGGCUAGAGAAAGCUAAUGAGGGUGUUUAAGAUUACCAGUCUAGUAAAGAUCAAUCAAAAGGUUAUCAUUUCAGUUCACCUGAGCACACACAUAGAAGCCCUGUAACCUAUUAGUGGCCCAUCCCUGCUACCCAGGCCAUUCAGACAAUCACAAAAUAUUUGCUGCAAUCAGAUGCAAUGGCUUGGCAUUCCAGCUGCCGUAUUUCAUGGUAUAAGUCAACUUUUGAAGCCCAGUUUUUAACUUAAAAUUCAAUCUUGACUUAUACACCAUAUUGAUACUUUUGACCCCAGCCCCAGCCAAAUCCUGGCCCAACCCGACCUUUUUCACCUUCCAAAAGAAUCCCUGUCACGGGAGGGCAUGGGGCUUGGGCCCAACCCAAGCACAGCUGGAGGGCCUUGCCGUCACUAUGAAGAUGCUGCUCGGCUGGGCACUGAGCCUGGCCCCGGCCCCCGCGAGCAGCACUGCCUGGGCCAUGCCAGCUGAGAGCCAAGCCCAGCCCCAUCCCCUGCAAGCAGUGCCAGGUUCAGUGCUCUGCUGGCACAGCCCAGGCAGUGCCACUCACAGGACACAGGGCCAGGCUCAGUUCACAGCCGAGCAGCAUCUCUGUAGAGUGCUUGCAGGGGAUGGGGCCGUGCCAGCCGAGCAUUGAGCCUGGCGCUGCUUGCAGGGGAUGGAGCUGGGCUCAGCACUUGGCUGAGCAGCUCAGGCAGCACCGCUCACAAGGGAUGGGGACAGGCUUGCUGCUCAGCUGGCGCAGCCCCAUUCCCUGCAAGCGGCAUUGCCUGGACCAUGCCAGCCGAGCCUGGCCCCUGUGAGCAGCGUUGCAGCAUGUGUCCAGCCCCCGGGUGUCUGGCCCACAGUGAGGGUGUGCAGGGACUGGUAUAAGUCAACUCCAUUUUUCUGAUCCAAAAAGUUAGGAAUGUCAUAGAUCUGGUGUAUAAGUCAACCUAACUUUUUGGGUCAGAAAAAUGGAGUUGACUGAUACACCAUGUCGACCUGUACACUGUGAAAUACAGUCUGUAAAACUCAGAUCUACCUCAGUGCUGGGAUUGGCUGGAAUUAUGAUCCCAGUGAAAAUCAGAGCAGUUUCAAGACUGACUUUUAACUCUACCUAAAGCAGUGUAACCCUGGGCGCAACACUACAUGCGCCCUCACCUGAAUAAUGGGAUCCUGGGGUACCCGGUAGCCAGUAGCCCUGCCCAGCCCCCCUGGGAAGCUGCUGCAGUGCCCCGAGCGGAGAGCCUCCCCGUACAAUCAAGCACCCUUGCAGACAGUUCUCAAACUAUUUACAAGAUUUAAUUAUUUGCAUCAUAACAAAUAAUAAUUAAAUAAGCACAUGGAUAUACUGUCUAAUAAACCUUCAAGAACUUAUUUACACAGUCUCUCUUUUGCACACGGUGUACUGGGGAUCCCAUGAGCACUGCCCCUGGCGGGGUAUCUCAGGGAGCAGGACUGUCUGUGUCCCUGCACGCAGUCUGUGGACACUGCCUGGCACUGGUGUCCAUCUCCGUGCUCCUGGGAUCUCUGAGCAGCAAGCAGCGGCACCUCUGCAGUUCCUGCAAGACAGCCUUCCCCUGUCUUUGCCCCACUUCCCUGGUUCUGCUGUGAGCAGUGUCUGGGCUGCAGGCUAUAGCAACCCUCCUGCCUCACACAGCCUCACAGCUCCUGCAACUGCAGCCCCUCCCUGGGCUUUGCCUGCCCCUGGGGUCCCUCACCCCUCAGGGAAACUAGGGCAGACUCCAGCAGUCCCCACCCCGGCUCUGCUGUGCUCACCCAGCCACACCAGCUGCAGUCAGGUCUCUUCAGGCUUGGGUUCUCCACACCAGCAGUCCCUGCCUGAUCCUGCCGCUGCAGCUUCUCCACUGCUGCUCCUGCAGGCCUCUCUCAGACUAAAUGAAGUUAUUUUGGAUGGAGUAGUCAGGAUUUCCAUUACCUGUUAGGGGACUGUACAAGUCUAGGUAAUUACCUGAAGUUGCAAUCUAGACAAUCUCAUUUGAUUAGAUGUUAUUUGGGCUUUUUUUUCAUCCCCCUUUUCUUCAUGUUUGGUUACAGUUAUGGCAGUAUCUGUCAUUGCCAGCAUUUCCCAUCAAAUGAAUUAAUCCCCAUUUAAAGUGUCAGCCAGCCAGUCAGUCCCAAGGCCACACCAACCAUUGGGGCACCUUUGAUGUAGCAUUCGAAGUGUGGACUUGUUAAUUUUUCCUAAAUCAUAUUCCACACCUGUCUUCCUUCAUACGAAGGGGAAGGAAUAGGGAGAGAGAUUUAGCUGAACUGGAAAGAAGCAAAGUGGAUUUUCCAGUUUGGAUUUUCCAAUCAUAGGGAAAAGGAAAAAUUAUGGAGUGAGGGGAAUGUAAACUCAGGGCUUUCCAAAAGGGUUUCCCCUAGCUUGUUUUCUUAAAAAUCUCAGACUCUGAAAGUCACUAAUGAGGUGCUCCUCUGACAGCCAUCUCAAGUCCUUUCAGCUGGUUUGGCUGUUUAGGAUUGAAGAGAUGGCAACCUUCCUAAAAUUAAAUAAGAAGAAACAAAUCCUAAUGCUGGCUGUUAUGCUGGGUCCUUCUCUAACCAAGCUUUGACUUUUAAAAAGGCUUGGUAGCAUCUCCCACUACAGCCAGAAUUUCAGAAAGCUUGUUUCCCCCUGAAAUCUAAGAGAAGUGGUCAGAUUUUCACAAAAAAAAAUUGCUCAAAACAGUGAAGAUCCCAGUGUCCUUGGUGAUGGGUCAUGAGGAAACAGGGGAGAAUUCUCCACCAACAGGAGUUGCCAGGUGCUGUAGAGUGCAUGUUCCUGCCUUAGUUUCCCCACCUGUAAAAUGGAACAAUACCUUCCUCUCAGGAGAUGAGUUGAUUAACAAGCUUACAGCCAGAAGGAACACAAAUCUACAGCAGCAAAGUGUUACACCCAAGGGAGAUUCCCCCUUUCUACUGUUUACAGUGCUACCUUCUUGCACAAGAAAGGCAGCUGUACAUAGUAUUUGGGGAUGCAAAAAUAUCACAUUGAUGAACACACUGCUUUAGCUCUUUCCCUGUGUACCUUAGAUCCAUCAUUUUUCUAGCCAAAACUUCCCAGCUUUGGGUCAGUCCUGGCCAGCUGUAGGCCUCCUGAUUGGAAAGAAAACUCCCUUUAGCUGGGUUUUCCACUCCUAAUUGCCUGAUAUCAGGGGAGCUGCUGUAAAUGUUAGACUGCAACACAAGCCCAGUGCCUAUAGAAAGCUCAGACAAUGACAAUUGCUCUACAGGUGCAAAGCAUCAAUAAUCAGCAAGGAGAGCAACCCCUUGAAAUCAAAUAAAGCUAGAGACAUUGGUAGGUACUAGUGUUUAACUGCUGUUACUAGUACUGGCCUACACUCCACCUGCUUCCUCUAGGAUGGGCUCUCUCAUUACAAGCAGGAGAGAGCACAUAAGCAUAUUGGGAAAAGCUAUAAAAAAGGCUUAGCGAGAUAUUAGCAGAUAUUUGUCCUGCCAUGGGAUAGGAACAUUGUUAUCAUUGAGAUUAACUUAUUCUUUAACACCUGACUUUUCUACGUGCUGUCAGCUCUACAUAUAUAUCCAAGUUGCCUUGAAACUUGUAGUGCUUUCUCAGGACUCACUGGGACUAGUGGUGCAUAUUUUGAGGUAGCUUGAGCAAAGGCCUUCCACAGCACAGAGCUCUGGGAGUCAGGAGACAUAACAAUGUUAUGGUUCUUGUAGUUUUGGGGUGCCCAUGCACUGAGAGGAUCUGUACCUUUUUUGCAGAUUGCCUUAGCUUUCUUGGACAGGAGGGGAUGUAUGGAAUCAGUUUGCUUAUAUCCUGUACAACCUCCUUGAAAUGUACCUGGAAACUUGUUUUAUGAUCAAAAAAUCUGUGCUCCUCCAGACCUUUCUACAGUUUCAUCAUCUGACUCUUUAAGCAGCUGAAGGGAAAUAGAGCUGUACGCUCAGAUGAAGGCUUAUGGCCUCCUACUCGGGAUCAGUGCAGCACUCAGAGUUGUGGCUCUCGGAAGAAGAGAAAACAGGAUAUUGGACAGGGGAAAAAUGUGCUGGAAUGAAAUAAUGGGAGGAAACCCUGUUGAAUCCAGUCUAUAUACAUCUCUCUAUAUUCUGUUCCUAUAGGAUUCCUGCAGUGCAGAAGGGUUGGGGGGGUGUAUGUCAUAGGUAUUUACUUUGCAUGGAUCUUUCACCCUGUGAAUUACACUCUGCUUAUAACUUAAAUGAACCUGAAAACUGAAAGCAAUAUUCAAAAGACAAAUGCCAAGAUUUUCCUGGUUUCCAACCAAAACUCUAAUGCUUUCUCAAAAGUAGUAAACAGGAAGAGUUCAUUUGAAACUACACCCAAAAGUUGGUCUCAGUUCAUUCAAUCCACAGUCCAAGUUCACUUCAGGGUUUCACAAACAGAUCUUGAGGCAGUCCUGAGAGCUUCAGCUACUUUCCUGUUUUUCCCAUUGUGGAAAUUGCGGCACUCAUAGCUGAUAUUUCCCUACUGAGGCUUUAUAUGUGCCCUGUUCCUAGUGAGGAAAUCAAGUGCAGAGUUUCCUAGUGUAGAAUUUGGGUUUUAAAAUCCUGGCCUUGGGUGGCAGAGGAAGGCAAAGUACAAAAAGGGAGAUGAAGUGCUCGUGUUUAGAUUCUCGCCUAGUCCCUUGCCAACAACAGAAUAUCUACAAACGUCUUUGAGAUAAAUGGACCCCUCCAAUGACCUGAUAUGGGUGUUUCUCUUUUCUAUUUUUUAGAGUGCCAGACUCCAUACAUAAGUCCUUAGAAAGGCAAAUGCUUCCAAUCCCACGAAGAAGAGAACAUUGUUUACACCUAUUUAAAAAAUAAACCACCUGUAGCCAAGACUACAACCACCUUGUAUUUUAAAGCCAUCAUUCAAGAUUUGUUACUUGACAGUUCCUGUCUAAAGCUACAAUAUAUGCUGCAUUUAUUGAAGUUCUAUAUGUCAAACUAAAAAACAAAAAAAGAAGGGGAAGGAAAAAAAAACCCUAUGAACGUAUAGCAUUUAAAAAACUGAAGCAGAAUCAGCAAGGAAUCACUUUCAGCAGAUCGAGUAAAAUUGUGUCUUGGGCAUGGAACCAAAGUUACAACAGGACAAGCUAUCCCUGCCAUGCAGGGGGGUCAUUUUAAGUGUAACAACGACAUCCCAUGAAAGGAUCGCUAAUAAAGGGACAGAGCAGGAGAAACGCAUUCAAAACUUUGAGGGGAUACUGACAGUAAAACAUUCAGUUUGAAACAUCUGGCUUUCUAACUACAGGGAAUCUCUCUCUCUCUCUCUCUUUUUGGUUUAACUCAGGAACAAUGACAGCUGCAAUGUGAACAAAAGGAAAAAAAUAUGCACUCUGUUUUGUUUCAUGAAGGGGCAGAACCUGGGCAUCAGAUAGGUGGUGGGGACAUAACCAUACCACCGCCAAGAGUGGCAAGGGAAGGGAAGGAUGUAGGUGAUGACUGACAUCAUGAAGAUUUCUAACCACGCUAAUGAAGAUUUCUGACCAUGCUGUAGCCUUACCUUUCUUUACGAUCCCUCUACAAAGAACAGCGCGUUAACUGGUAGCUACUUUUUGAAUGUUUUAUGGCUGGCACAAGAAGAAAAUGACCAGGCUUGGUUUUUAUUAAUGUUUCUAAUACUGCAUGUAGAAACAUAGAAAUGAGGCUCAAAAACGGCUCCUGAGAAAGUGUGUCAGAGGGGGAAACGUGUGUUACCCCCUCCUGCAAAAAGCUGACUUCCCAGUUUGUCUAAAUUUGUAUGCUGAUUAACAUUUGGAACUGUUACAGAUAUCUCGGUUUGGUUUGUCAAAAUAACAUUUUGUUAGCUGGCUUCCUGACCAACAGUACAUAAACCAAAAACAGGUGAAAGAUGGGCAAAUGCAUGCCAUGUGUAAGACUUUGAGGCUGGUUCUAUUUUCAUGAUUAAGAAAGGGUGAAAGAAACGGUUUGCCUUUCCACGUAUGACCUACUUCCCUAGUUGCAAAGCAUGGGAUCCCAUCUUCCCACCCUAACUCGGGUCACACAUAUCAUCCUAGUAAAUCAAUGCAACCAAACCUUGAGAAGUACCAAACACCUGCAAUGCACAUCAAGGAUUAAAUCUACAUCUUGGGAGGGGGCAGAGGCCACACAUCUAACAGAUCAGGAGGGAAGCAGGAGAGGUGACUUCUGCCUGUCUCUUGCUAACUUGCUGUUUGACACAUACAAGCCACAUCACCUCAGCUAGCCUGUUUUACUUCCCACCUUGAUAGUUUUUUAGGGGAACAAAUAGGAUUUUGCCCAACACAAUAGGAUUUUGAUUUUGGCUGGGACCUCCAUGUGCUGUGAUAAUACCAAAAAAUAAUAAGGGCCAGCAAACAGGCUGUGUUAUUUCCAUCCUCAACAUUGGGUUUAUGUUGGGUUUAAACACAGCAUUUCAUCAGAUCUCAAAGCACUUUAUAAAGGAGGUCCACAUCAUUUUACAGAUGAGAAAACUGAGGCACAGAGGUGAAAUGACUUGCUGAAGUUUACCCCAGCAGGUCACUCGUAAACUCUGGUUCUCCUGAGCCCCAAACAUUAGUCCAUGUUGCUCAGGUCUUGCACCUGACCCUUCGCAAGGAGCCUACGUCAUACCAAGUUUGAGAUGCCCAGACCCUCCCACAUUUGCAUAUGGGACUUCUCACAUACGUAAGGAUGAUUCAUCCACGUGGAUUGCAAUACCAGAUCUCCUUCUACAGGAAGCCCAGUCAUCAUCAUUUACUGCAUGCCACAUGCUGGUGCUGGGCCUCGCAUCCAGUUUGGAAGCUUGUUGUGCAUGAUUGCUUUUUUUUCCUCCUCAAAAUAAUUUAAAAAAUAAAAGAACCUCAACUUCAUAAGCAACCAGUUUAGCAAAAAGGGUGCACUGAAUUCUGCAUUUGGAUUUGCAUUCAUUGUUUCUUCUUAAACCGGACCAGUAGACAGACAUGCUGAAUUAAUGCAAUUUCACUACAACCUCUCUGUUCAGAGGAGACUCCCUCUCUGCCUCCCCCUCUCCUCCCCCGGUGUAGAAGAGUCUAUGCAUCAGGUUAGCUUAAACCUACCGUAUGUGCUUUCCGUGGGUGCUGGUAGCAAUAGAGAGUUGUAACUUCGAAUCCAGGACCAUGACAUUUUCCCACAUUCAUGUGCUGUUAUAGCACUGAGCAGCCUUUGCCCCUAUUUAUUAGUUGCAAAGAUGCUUUGCAAAGCAUAUUUAUCAGUUGCAAAGAUGAGUUCCUUCUCUUCUGUUUUGCCUGUGCCAUUAAGUUUUUUUUCUAUGUGUCUUUUGGUGUCCUGUGAAACCUCAGGCCAAGCAUAGAAAUCAAAUGAGCUGAGGGUUAAAAGUGGCAUAUUACUGGCUUUUACUUGCCAUCUUCAUGCAAGUGAGUAGUCACAGCAAAGUCACAGGCAAGACAUAAGCAAGAGUGGUACCCUGCGUUCUGUGAUGUUGAAUGACCUCAUUAGAACCUGUGACCUCACUUCUGCUACAAGACAGCUUUGGUCUCACCCCGGAUCACUUGGUUUCAGUCAAUAAAAGCAAGAAUUUGUAAGGCAUAUAAAAAUGCCAGGUACCAGAAUUAACUUUUGAAUCCAUUUGGGACAGCUUUUCUCUUUAGACCCUCUGAAAUGCAUUAUACAUCCUGAUGAAUCUUUGGCUCCCUCCUGCACCCUAUAAUGCAUCUGCUUUCAGUGCCUUGUCUCUGAUUUGUAUGUCUCAUUCCUGACUUCUCCACUGGCAGAGUUGAUGGGUACCUCAUUCUUCAGUAAUUUUUUUUCCUUCUGUGUAGUAAUUAACUGCUUGGCCCUUGGGAGAGGGGCUGGAAAAAAUUGAAGUUCACUAAACAGAACAUUUAAACAUUUUCAAUGGCACUUACACACCCAAAUCAAAUACAUGGAUAUUUAAGAGUAAAAGCUGAGCUGGGCUUCCUUACUGCAGAAUUUUACAAUAAUAGAAAUACUGCAGUACCACCCAUGGAUGAUGGAGCAUUUGGACCAUUACUGCAGCAUGCUUUUUGUACUUUCUUUUUAUAAGGGCCUGUCACAGGAUUGAGCUCGAAACACCUAAUUCUCCAUAUGUAAUUGCCAUGUGCAAGUUUGACUCAUGGUAAAUGCAAGUUGUUGAAAUUGGAGAUUCAAACUUAGAAGCUGGAGUUGGGAUGCCUUUGAAAAUAUGGGACAGUGAAUAUUCCUAUGUGCAGUACAGGUCAUCUAAACCCCAUCUAGGCAAACUCGUUGGAAGCUCACAUGUCCCCCACCUGUGGUAUAUCACAAUCAAUGCACAUAACAUUUAUUUCUUUACAGUGUAUGCGUUGUCUGAUUUUGGUCUGACAUCAGAUCUUGCCAUUAAUUUGUUACCUGUGUGUGGGUGUGGCUUUGGUUUAAUGCAUUAUUUCUGCCUGCAAUGCUCUUCACUAAAUGGAUUAUAUUCUGUCCUCUCUUAAAUAUGUGCCACCCAACUAGCCGCAGUGGGACCAAGGAAGUUAUUAACCUGAGGUCAGCAUGUGGCCCACUGUGUUUUAAAGGCAAUGUUACAAACAGUUUUCACAGACCAGACCUGCUGUCAUUGAUUUCAGUGGCUAAACCUCCUUGGAUUCAGUGGAGGUAAGCUGAGGCCUAAUGAUGGCAACAGACAGUGUUGGGAUCAGUCUAGGAAAAAAUUACCAUUGCUUGAAGCCCCCUGUAACAGCUGAUGUAUUCCAACACUGUCAUGGUAAUUACAUGGUAUAUGUGUGUGCAUGCUCAUCCUCUCUCUCGCUCUCUCUCGCUGUCUCAAACACACACACACACACACACACACACCCCCAUCCUUUUGAUAGGCCUCUGGAUGAGAUAAACAAUCCAUCAUCAUCUCUUUGUGGAUUGUAAACGUCCUGUGAGAGACCCCCUUGGAAUGGACUGCUAGAUUUCCUCCAGCAGCCUGAAAAACAACAGCUGUUUCACACCUCUGUAACAAACUGUGCCUAAUACCCACCCACUGACAUCAACUAUACAAACUUUCUACAGUCAGCCAGAUCAAAAUGAGUUCAACUUUUUAAUACACACACACACACACCCCCUAUAUAUAUGUAUGUUGUGCAUAUAUAUAUAUAUAUAUAUAUAUAUAUAUAUAUAUAUAUAUCUCUACCCCUGAUGUAUAUAGUAGUUUGUUGUUAUAGCUUAUAAAAGUGUACUUCCAAUCCUAGGAAUGAUGACUUGGGCCAAGGGUUGUUCAAAUGACACAACUGAUAAACCCCUCGCGGUUUAGUUUUUCAUUCCAUUGCCUAUGUGAUGCUUUUUCUUUCUUUGAUCACUGUCCUGCAGCGUUUUUCCUGCUUUAUCUGUGUUGUUCCUGAAGUCCACUGAAGCAGAGUAUUGAGAAUCCUCCCUCAAAUUAGCCUUGUAGAACAGCCAAAAAAAAAAUAGUCAUGACUAUUUGCUAGCCUUUUGGCAUGGCAAACACAGGGUUUCCAAAGGGCAAUAAGCUAUUGUGCACAGGUCAGCAGUAUUAAUGUCAGCAGGGGUCACAGUUCUGAGAUCUCAUUUUGAAAUGCCUAGAGAUGUAUGUGUUAAACCUUCCACCAUAAUCAUAGUGGGAAGAUCCUCUGAACCACCAAAGUUUUCAGUUCAAUUGAUUCUCUUGUGAACUGAACUGGCCAGGCCUUCAUUCUCACUGAGGCUGGGUUCAAUAAAGAGCCUCCUAGCCUUUGGCGACCCAGUAGGGUUUCCUUUUCUCCUUUGCAUCAGCACCUGUACAUAUUUUGCUCCCAUUUUUGUGUCUCUUCCCUAAAAGAACUGUAAAUGAAUUGGCAGAAUGACCCUUUGAUAAACACUGAACAUGUAUAUGUAUUAUAUGUAUUAACGUGUAGAUGAGAAUCCUUACUGUAUGUAAAGUUUUAUGAAUGGUUAUUUUUUAAUUUAUGUAUUUAAUAUAGGAUUCAAUGACCUCUGGUGUUUUAGUUUGUAUAAAGAAAAUAAAACAGGAGCAUUUUUAAAAACCUCACUUUACAUUCA